AUGAACCUCUGCAUCUCUCCUCAGCAGUUCGAUCAAUUUAGAACUCUCAUUACCAUAAUACCAUCUUCAGAUGCAAGGAGUACUCUUCAAAGGCAUCCCGAAUCAAAACAACACUUGUUGCUAGGGGGAAACCCCAAGAAUUUAGAAUCCUUCUCCAAACCCCAGUCCAAGGGAAGAGAAAGGCUCACAGAUAACUUAAGAGAUAAACUUAAGUAUAGUCCGAAAAUGACAAAGACUAAACUCAGAGACCUAGAUGGUCCUCUCAGCCACCCAUCCAGAGAUAGAUACGCAGACGAUAUCAGAAACGAGCAUGCAUCUGGAGAAACGCGAUCCAGAACUGCGGACCUCGAAAAAGAAAAUAUGAGAGUCCUAGAUGCAUCUUUGGAAGAAGACGACAAGGAAACGAUGAGGAUUGAUGAGGAGCUUAGACGAAGCUCUGAUGAAGUACUGCGCAAAUCGUUACAGAUAAAGUCAAAUUUAGAACGACAGACUUCGACUAUAAAGAAGCUACUGGCUGUAAGGGAACAGCGGAACAUGGGUUUUGAUAAUCUCCACAGUGAUCUAGUAAGGUACAGACUGCAGCUUGAUACUACCCAAAAGAAUCUCGAGAAAUUCAGGGUUCUUAAAUCGACUAUAGCCCCCUGA